AUGGCGGCGGGCGAGCUGCAGGAGCUGCGGGCGCUGGUGGAGCGGGCGGGCGGGCGGCAGGCCGUGCUGCUGGUGGCCGAGGUGGCCGAGGGGGUCCCGGCGGCGGCCACGCUCGCCGCCUUCGCCCGCGACCUGCUGGGCGACGAGGCGGCGGCGGGGCCGGUGCCGGGGCGCCGGUGGCGGCAGGCGGGCGGGCGGCGGGCGCUGCGGGCGCGGCUGCUGCUGGUGCUGUGCCGCGGCGGGGCGGCGCGGGGCCGCGGGGCUCGGGCGCGGCUGCGGGAGCUGCUGCGGGACGUGCGCGGCCGCCUGCCCCCCGCCCCGCCGCCCGCCGUCGUCGGGGUCCUCCUGCCCGGGGCCGACCGGGAGGACGCGGCGGCGCUGGAAGCCGCGCUGCGGCGGCAGUUCCCGGCGGGGGGCACCGUGCAGGCGGCCCGGUACCGCCCCGGCAGCCCCGCCGCCUGCCGCGCCGCCGCCUGCCGCGCCCUGCGCGCCGCCCUGCAGCAUCCCGCAGAAGAGGGGAAAAACAAGGGGAGGUGGAGGCUCCCAUCUUUUCUGCGGUGCAUUUCUUGGAGCAGGAGAAGCCACAGAAAAGAUCAUGAAGCAAAAGCUGCAAACCACGUUCAUGAAGAUGACUUGCAGGACCCUGAGGAAGAAGUGGCUUUAACCUUUCUGUCUCCCAAUGGAAAUUGUGAAGAAGCUGCUGGAGACACAGGCACCUAGAGUUGCUGGAUGCCCAGCACAGUCCAUGUCCUGGAUCUGCCCAUGGAUUUGGAGCAGUGGGAAGAGGAGCUGGUGCAUGCCCACUCACCCUCUCCUCCAAGGACCCACAGCUCUGAGGAAAAGCUGCUUGGCUUAAGUCGCCCAGGUCUUCUGUAGCCAACAGCCUUGAAAUCUGUGGCAGAGGGCACCCUGCUGCCUGGGGGCGCCUGGAGCUGCCAAUGGACACUGGGCUUCUGAGAAGCUCUUUGGGGAUGUAUCUCAAGAUGAUAUGGGGACUUUGGAUGUGAAAUGCAGCCACCUGCUUGAAGAAAGGGGAACACUUCCUAAUUCUGAGCGAAGUUCCCUGCUGAGGUUGCCAGGGCUGUCCUCCCUGGCAAAUAGAUUCUGCUGCCUUGCGAUCCUGCUUUAUUGCUGCUUUGAAGUUCCCACCCUCCAUCUGACCAGAAAAAAACAAAACAAAACAAAAAAAAAACCAACACAGUGGCACGGAGACUGCAGUGAGACUAAAUAUGAGGUCUCGGAUCUACCAGCUGCUGAAAAGGCUUGAAUGAAACUGUAUAAGGUGAAGAAAUGCAAUAACAGCCUACUGGGAGUAGCAAGAGUAACACAAAAGAUACUGAUAGUAACGCAGCUGGAGCAGAGUUUGGUUUGGAGCAGGAUCCAUCCCUCUGGCUUGUCCUGGUGCUCAUAGAUUGACUGGGGAACCUGGAGAGAGUGGCAGAUGGACACCAUGGCGUGGCUGAUGCUAGAUGGGGUUAUAGGAGAGGCCCCUCUUACCUGGGAUGUCUUCACAGCCAUGCCGUGGCAGGUCUUGGAGGUGGCCUGCAGCGUUCCUCUCAACAAGAUGUGGCUGCUUCACGAAUAAAUAUAAUAGUGCAAAAAUAAUCUAUUUAAGUAGCCCCAAAGGCCUGCCUGUAGCCUGUGAGGCAACACAAUUUAUUACAAAUCCUUAGUUUAUGAGGAAUAUUAUUAUAAUGGUAGGAAUACAUUUUUUAUUUUUACUUUAAUGUGAAAUAAAACAAGUCUCAUUUUAUUUUUA